AAGUUAAUGAGGUAUAUUUCGUCACCUGAAAUGCAAAAUAACGUAUCAUCAAAAAAUUCGAAAUUGGGUUUUUUAUUGAUUACGAUUCAACACAUCAUAUUACAUAAGUGUCAAAAAUUUUAGGCUUCUGCGACCCAAAAUACCCAAGUUAUAUUAAAAAUUCAAAAAAACGUAUCAACAAGUGCAUGCUUUCCUUAAACAAAAUAACGUAUCAUCACUAAUGUAAAAAUAACAGAGUAUUUUUUUUUUUUUAUAACGGAGUUAGCCUUGAUUUAUUGUUAUGUUUGUUUCUAUUAGUUAUGUUUAAUGUGCUUUGGUGAUAUAAUUUAAAUCGUUUUUAUACUGAAAGUUAUAAAACAGGUAAAACAAGAAAAGUGUUGUGAAAUAAUAAGAUGUGUUCCAUAAUUAAAGAUGCUGAAAAUAAUAAAGAAAAUGUGCAAGGUUGUAAAAAAAUUAACAAAAGGGAAGAAAAUAUAAAAAAUCGAAUGUAUGGUAGACAAUAUGACGGCUUAUCAAAAGGAAAUAUUUGCGAAAGGAAACCACGAGAAAUAAAAGCAGCAUGCACAUCUAAUUAUUGUGUACAAAGUUCAACUCGGCAUUGUUCUCUUUAUUCAGAAAAUGUGCGGAAGGAGAUAUUUGAAAAUUUUUGGCAAAUGUCAUGGGACCAAAAGAAAGUUUAUGUAACUAGCAGUAUUGAAGUUCAUGCUAAAAAGCGGAUUUAUGUGGAAAAUUCCCGACGUUCAUAUUCAAAAUCCUAUUUUUUGCAUCAUAAAAGAGUACGUCAUCAAGUGUGCAGUAAAAUGUUUUUGUCAACCCUUGGUAUUUCGGAAACUAUGGUAAGAAGUUGGUUGAGUUCCAGUGAACUUUAUAGCACUCAAUUGGGUCCUGAAAAUAAAAAAAAUUUGCAAGUGGAAAAUCGAAGAAACACAAUACGGGAAAAAACCUAUCAAGAUAGAUUAAAUUAUUUAAUUAAAUGGUUGGAAGACAUUCCGAAACUAGAAUCCCAUUACCGACGUCAGUAUACAAAUAAAUUGUAUUUUCAAUCAGAAUUUAAAUCGUAUGCAAAUGUGUAUGAAGUUUAUUCUCGAGACUGUAAAUCGCAUAAUGCAAAUGAUAUCGCUCCUAUAUCCUUCCCAAAUUUUAUGAAAUUUUUAAAUACAAAUAAUUUAUCGAUUUUUAAACCAAGAAAUGAUAUGUGUAACACUUGCAUAUCUUUCGAAUCAAAAAAUAUCUCAGUGGAACAAUAUGAUGUCCACAGAAAAGAUAUAAGGGAAAUGAGAGAAGAAAAAAAUAAUGACAUUGAAAGUGCUAAAGCGGGCUUAUGCUCUUUAUUAUGUAUGGACAUGCAAGCGGUAAAGCUUAUUCCGCAGUCAAAGGCAAAUGCAUCUUAUUACAAAAUGAAACUUCAAGUUCAUAAUUUUACUAUAUAUAACGUUAUUACUCAUAAAUCUGACAACUAUGUCUGGGAUGAAACUGAAGGCAGUCUUGUUGCUUCGACUUUCGCAACAAUUGUAAUAAAGCACAUAAAGAAAGAAAUACUUAAUACCCCAAACAUCCAUCACUUUAUUAUAUAUUCUGAUGGUUGCUUUUAUCAAAAUCGGAAUGCAGUAUUAUCCAAUGCCUUAAUAUCGUUUUGUGUAGUAAACCACAUUACCAUUGAGCAUAAGUAUUUAGUCGUAGGGCAUACACAAAUGGAAUGUGACUCUACUCACUCAUUAAUACAACGCAAAAUGAAUAAUAAACAAAUUAAUUUGCCCUCCCAACUAGUUCAACUAAUGAAAGACGCACGAAAAAGUCCAUAUCCACUAGUGGUUCAUCACCUACAACACAGUUAUUUCCUGGAUUAUGAAAAUCUUCCAAAGCGGUAUUCAUCUAUUCGACCAGGUAAUAAAGUUGGAGAUCCUACAGUAAAUAUGAUUCGUGCUUUGGCAUAUGAUACAACGGGAUCCAUAUAUUACAAAACCUGUUUUAAGGACGAGUAUCAGCUUCUUCCAAAAAGGACUACCAGAAAUUUUGAAAUUCAGCAGCCUAAUCUUUUGCACCCGCAAAGGUUAACGAUAUCCAAGAAGAAAUGGCAACAUCUGCAGGACCUAAAGGCUUUGAUUCCAGCAGACUGUCAUUACUUUUAUGAUAAUAUACCUUUUGAAUAAUUAAUUGUUUAAUAAACAAUUAUUAAACAUUGUUCUCAUUUUGACUUGAAAUAUUUUAAUUUUUUUUAGUACUUAUGUACAUAUUAAUAAUAAAAAUAACAUGAAAUAUGGAAAA